AUGAGUGAUUAUGAAGUUACGUUGGUCAACGAUAAUAUGUUUGUUACCUUUCAUUCCCCUCAUGACGCGCAAGAGUUCUACGUACGGUUUAAAGGACCCGAGGAGACUCCCUUUGCCGGUGGACUCUGGAAAGUACACGUUGAACUACCCGACCAAUACCCGUACAAGAGCCCAAGCAUCGGCUUCGUGAACCGGAUUUACCACCCAAAUAUUGACGAGCUAUCGGGAUCCGUAUGCCUGGACGUCAUCAACCAAACAUGGUCCCCCAUGUACGACAUGAUAAACAUAUUCGAGGUGUUUCUUCCACAGUUACUCCGGUACCCCAACCCAUCGGACCCUUUAAACGGGGAUGCAGCUGCUGUUCUCUUACGAGACCCGAAGAAAUACGAGAUUAAGGUUCGGGAAUACGUCGCCAAAUAUGCAAGCAAAGAUGCCGCCGACGAUGCGGGUGAAGACACAGAAGAUGAUGGCGAGAUGAGCUCUGUGGGUAGUUACGAGUCUGGCGGCGAAGAACCAGCCGGUGAAAUGGACGAUGUUUGA